AUUAAAUAGUAACUCUUGGUAUUAUAAAAUAUGAAGUUUAUUGUAUUAAUACAAUAAAAUAUAAAUGUAGUGUAUAUUAUUUGUAUUUUUACGUAAGAAGGAAGAUGAAAUCUCAAAAAUUGAAAAUAUUAAUGAUGGGACCAUCUGAAAGCGGCAAGACAUUGAUAUCAAAUAUAAUAUCGGAAUCAACAAACAACGAGGAAUUAGGGACGCAAAGGCCGACCCAAGGUGUGAGGAUUCUUGAGUUUGACACAUCUGUUAUGACCCAUAGUGGAAAUAAUAUUAAAAUCGAUAUUGAGUUGUGGGAUUGUAGCGGCGAUCACAAGUUUGAGUCGUGUUGGCCUGCGUUACGAGCAGGUGCUGACGGAGUUAUUCUUGUGUGUUCACCAAAUACAGCAAGUGUGGCUUCUAGAGAAUUAGAACUGUUCUAUAACUAUUUCGUAUCGCAACCGAAACUUACUUCGAAACAAUGCGUUGUGUUUUACAACAAUCUAGAGGAUCAAGAUGAUUUCGACCUGCUGAAUUUGUCGUCUACAUUCUCAAGGGUAUCGAGAGCAACAGUCAAUUUAAAAACGGGAAGAGAUAGACUAAAAACAGACUUCAACAAUUUUGUAGUUUCAGUUGUGCAGUCAACUCACAGAGAAGAUAUUAAUUAAUUUUAUAUGACUUUUCACUUUGUUGAGUGUGCCCUUGAGUAUACUUACGUCAUACAGUAUGUGAUGGUAAUCAUCCAAAGUGAAGAUAUCAUACAUUUUUAUUGAAAUAUACACAUUUACGAACACUCA